AGACUAGCAAGAGAAAAGAAAGAAAAAGAAGAGAAAGAAAAGAAAGAAAAAGAGAGACUAGAGAGAGAGAAGAAAGAAAAAGAAGAAAAGGCGAGACUAGCAAAAGAAAAGAAAGAAAGAGAAGAGAAAGAAAGGAAAGAAAAAGAAGAGAAAGAGAAGAAAGAAAGAGAAGAA